GGAAUCUCCGCUUGUGAACGCUCAUCUUUGCUGACUCUCCACAAACACCUGACCCGAGCGAGGGGAGAGAAGACCCCCGCCCGCCCCCUCCCUUGCGAGAAUGGCCGUGGCAAAGGGCGCAGCAUCUCUGGCGCUGGCGCUGCCCCUGCUCCUGAGCCUGGCACCGGCGCCCACUUCGGAAGGGUGCCCGUCGGCCUGCCGCUGCUCUUUCGCCAUGCUGCAGUGCCUGGAGCCCGACGGCAUCGCCGGCGUCCCGGCCCUGGUGCCGCAGGAGAGCGAGAACGUGACGGAGAUCUACAUUGAAAACCAAGCGGGCCUGGAAAAUAUAACGCAAGCAGAACUGAUGAACUACAAAGAGCUAAAAAACCUCACGGUGACGUCAUGCAAGCUGAGACGCAUCGCCGCCGACGCCUUCCGCCACAACCUCAAGCUGCAGUAUGUGAACCUGGCCUCCAACUCCCUGGAGCACAUCUCGUGGAGGGUCUUUCAUUUUCUGCCCCUGCUCAACCUGGUUCUGCUGGACAACCCUCUGGUCUGCUCGUGCGACCUCCACUGGCUGCAGCGCCGGCAGCGGAGCGAGCGCGCCGACCCGGACGACCACCUGCUGACGUGCGUCGCCGCCGGGCGCGAAGUACCGCUCGACUCGCUCGUCAUUGACAACUGCAGUCUGCCCGAGGUCACCAUUCUGCCCUCCAACAACAAGGUACAGGAGGGGGGCAACCUGACCUUUGAGUGUCACGUGACAGGAAGUCCCACCCCGCAAGUCAAGUGGCGCACGGACGCUCUCCACUCGCGCUUCUUUCCUCAGGAGAGAAUCUGGGGCUCGACGCUGGAGGCGGUCGUGUACCUGACCAACGUCUCGUCCGGCGACAACCUGCACAACCUGACGUGCGAGGCCGAGAACCAGGCCGGGCCCGGGGAGGACGCCGUGCAGCUGGACAUUGAGUUCCCGGCCAAGAUCCUGUACCUGAGGAACGCGGUUCCGAUGCACCACUGGUGCUUCCCGUUCGCCGUGGACGGCAACCCGGAGGCCAACAUCAGCUGGCAGUACGAAGGCUCGGCGCUGAAGGAGACGGCCUUCGCGUACACGCAGCUCUUCCCCGACUCGGCCGACGGCUCCAAGAAGCACGGCUGCCUGUUCCUGGACAAGCCCACGCACAUGAACAACGGGCGCUACACGCUGCUGGUGGACAACAAGCUGGGCAAAGACCAGGCCAGCGCCGCCGGCAUGUUCAUGGACAACCCCUUCGGACUCUUCGAUCCCGAGGGCCUCAUUCCCGUCAUCGACGUGGACGCAAUUCCCACCAACAAAUCCGUCACGGACGUCACCGAGAACCUGGAGAGUCGAGUCUUUGUGGUGUCGGCGGCCGUGGGUCUGGCUCUGUUCGCGUGCACCUUCCUGCUGGUCACCGUGUUGGUCAUCAACAAAUGCGGACACAACUCCAAAUUCGGCAUUCACCGCUCGUCCGUGCUGGGCGCCGAGGACGACCUGGCCGUGUCGCUGCGCUUCAUGAACUUCGGGAGCAGCCCGCCGUCCUCGGACGAAGACUCGGGUCUGUCCGGCUUCGUGGAGAACCCGCAGUACUUCUGCGGUAUCAUCAAAGACAAAGACAUGUGUGUGCAGCACAUCAAGCGGGCGGACAUCGUGCUGAAGUGGGAGCUGGGCGAAGGCGCUUUCGGCAAAGUCUACCUGGCCGAGUGCGCCGACCUCAGCCUCGACAGUGACAAGAUGUUGGUCGCCAUCAAGACCCUGAAGGACGCCAACGAGUCGACGCGGCAGGACUUCCAGAGGGAGGCGGAGCUCCUGACGGUUCUGCAGCAUCAGCACAUCGUGCGCUUCUACGGCGUGUGCGCCGACGGAGAGCCGCUCGCCAUGGUCUUCGAGUACAUGCGGCACGGGGACCUGAACCGCUUCCUCCGAGCUCACGGUCCCGACGCUCGCAUCCUGGAGGAGUCCAAGAUGGCGGCGCUGGGCGAACUGACCGUACCUCAAAUGCUGCACAUCGCGGCGCAGAUCGCGUCAGGGAUGGUGUACCUGGCCUCGCUGCACUUCGUCCACAGAGACCUGGCCACGCGCAACUGCCUGGUGGGAGAAGGCCUGGUGGUCAAAAUCGGAGACUUCGGCAUGUCGCGGGACAUCUAUAGCACCGAUUACUAUCGGGUGGGGGGCCGCACCAUGCUGCCAAUCCGCUGGAUGCCGCCAGAGAGCAUCAUGUACAGGAAGUUCACCACGGAGAGCGACAUCUGGAGCUUCGGCGUGGUCCUCUGGGAGAUCUUCACGUACGGCAAACAGCCGUGGUACCAGCUGUCCAACGGCGAGGCCAUCGAGUGCAUCACGCAGGGCCGCGAGCUGGAGCGCCCGCGCACUUGCCCGCAACAAGUUUACGCGCUGAUGCGCGGCUGCUGGCAGCGAGAACCUCAGCAGCGGACGCUCAUCAAGGACAUCCACGCGCGCCUCCUCGCCCUCGUCAAGAACCCGCCCGUCUACCUCCGCAUCCUGGCUUAGGCCGCACCGGCCUCGUCCGUGCGCUAGCGCUCUUUGUCCUUUGUCCGCCGAGUGAGACCACUCGCCGCACUAGUACCACCACUGUGUCGUACUAGUAAUGUCUUUUCCACAACUUUCUAACGCUACUUUCGGCCUACUCGUAUGCAAUUAAACCUUCCUGCUAAACGACUGUGCUGCACUACAAGGCCCAAAGAGUAAGCAGUUGAUGUGUACUAGUAGCCUCCUGGAUUCACCAUUAUCUUACAGGAAGUCGUUGUCCUCCUAUGUCAAAGUUGUCCUGCUAGUAUACAGAAAUGUCAUACAGUAGCUGAAAGCAGAAAUGUUACUAGUAAGUGCGCCCUUGUAUUUCUACUAGUGCACUAAAGGGCCUGACUAGCCAUUUGAGCAUUUAUUCGAUGUCCGUUGAUGUCUAGCUCAAUGUCCAUGCACUAGUAUGCUUUUUUUUUGUAAAAAAAAUUUCCACUAGUCCUGGCACUUUUGGUCUACUAGUAUGCAAUAAAACCUGGCGAGUAAACUACUGUAUCCACUACUAGGCCCAACAAGUAGGCAUGUGUCAAGCUGCGCACUAGUAGCCUCCUGAACCCUACUUGUAGCACCAAAAUGAUGACUAGUCGUUUUGCCUUACUAGAAAUAUGUAGUUGUCCGACUAUGAUGCCAGAGUUGUCCUACUAGUGGUCAGAAAUGUCAUACAGUAGUGGAAGAAUGUUACUAGGAAGACAUUUGUGCUACUAGUGCACCAUAGUCAUUCUACUAGUGCAUUGAAUUGUCUUAGUAGUGAGGACAGAGAGUAUACUAGUACAUGUACCUUAAGAUGGAUAUUAAGGAUAUCGAAUAAAUCCUCACCAUUAAGACAAUUCAGCGCACUAGUAGGCUGGUACAUCCAUGUACUAGUACACUCUUUGUCCUCAUUAGUCAGGUAGUUGUCAUGCUAGUAUACCAAAGUUAUCCUACUAGUGUGCAGAGAUGUCAUACAGAAGUGGAAGGCAGGAGCGGAAUUUUUUUUACAAGAAUGAAGUUCUACUAGGACACCCGAGUUAUUGAAACGCAAAGUUUUCAUAUGAUGAUGAUGACGACAAUUUGUGUAUGUAACCAACUUUGUGUCACGUGAUUAUUUUUUUCAAUAUUAGCAGAAUGUGUGCAUUCGUUUCUUCACUUUUGAAGGCAAAUAUUACCCCCCCCCCCCACCCCCCCAAAAAAAAAAAAAAACCUACGUACUAAAGUUCAGCUGUUCCUGUUUGUGUUAGUGCAAUUGACUAUUUACUCAACUGCAGCGGGUACAUGGCUAUUUUGUACAACUUGCCCCUGUUCUUUAAGUUUUUAUUUGAGGUGUGUUUACUUAUUCAGGUGAGUGGAGGCCAUUAUUUCAGGGAGGUACUUGCUACUGUAAAGACCUUCAAAAUAAAGGUUGUGCAGUUGAAAGUGGGCAAAAGAUGUGACUUGCUCGUGUAAACACCUUCAAAAUAAAAUUGCUGCAGUGGAAAGCUUUUUUGAAAAAAAAAAAAAAAAGUGCUAAGACCUUCAAAAUAAAAGCGCUGCAGUUGUAAAGACCUUUGAAAUAAAAGUGCUCUGAAAUUCCAUAGGAAAUGUCACAUGCGGGUGUAAUGGCCUUCAGAAUAAAAGCUAGCGUAAAGGACUUAAAUAAAAGCGCUGUCGUGACCUUCAAAUGAAAAUCGCAGCCGUGAAAAUGGAGUUAGAAAUGUGUAAAACACUUCAAAAUAAAAGCUUUGCAGUGUUAAGACCUUCAAGAUGUCAUGACAGGUGUGACUUGUUAUGGUAAAGCCUUUUCUGCCGUGUUAAAAUUUGGUCAGAAGAAGACCUUCAAAAUAAAGGCUCAUCCAUGAAACUGGCUAGAUGUGACAUGCUAGUAGUGUAAAGGCCUUCAAAAUAAAAGCGCGGCUGUGAAAGACGUGACGUUAGUGUAAAUAAAAGCGCUGCAGCGAGGGCUGGCGAGCGAGGUGACGUGCUCGUGCAAGGGCUUUCAAAGUAAAAGCCUGACAGUGAAACCGGGUAGGUGCGACAUUCCCCUGUAAAGCCCUUCAAAAUAAGAGCGCCGCAUCCAAAUGGGGCACGAAAUGUGGCGCGCUACUGCCGAGCCCUCCAAAAACAGUGUGAAGCCCUUCAAAAUUGUGCGGAGGGUUGAAAAGAUUUUCCAAAUAAAAGCUGUACAAAGCCUCACGUGUAAAUAGUGGAUGUAAGUACGUGCAGAUGUUGCAGAGUUGCAGGAAGACAAGAAGACAAUGUGUCUUGUACGUCUUUGUCAAUGCUGCGUGCUUUCUCUUCACAAUAAAGUGGAUUUGGAACGAGACGAUCCAUUGGUCGGUGGUUGCAUCGCUGGCAAAAGUACAAAGAAAUGCUGGCCAACGCAAAAGUACUGACGCAAAGAAGUUCAGGAGCUUCGUGGAGACCAAAAGUCGUGCUUUGGCGCAGUCCUGCCAUGUUACAUGAAGACGAAAGUGGCGCUUUGCAGCCAUGUGCGGCCUCUCUGUGCCAAGGAAUGAAGUUGGACUGAGCGGAGGAGCUUCAUUUAGACAAAAGGUAGUGCGCUGACGCCACCGUGUUACGUCUUAGUGUCAAGGAACAAAGUCGAUUUGAGGUCGACUUCCAGACGCGGUCGUCUCGUUUUCGUGAUGACCGUCGAGGAGCAUGCACGAUUCUGCUGCUUCUAAUUCCGCUUCUUCUGGUUCUUAUUCCGCUUUGUCUGCUUCCUAUUCCGCUUCUUAUUCCACUUCUUCUGCUUCUUAUUCCGCUUUGUCUGCUUCUUAUUCCGCUUUGUCUUCUGCUUCUUCUGCUUCUUAUUCCACUUCUUAUUCCGCUUUGUCUGCUUCUUAUUCCGCUUUGUCUUCUGCUUCUUAUUCCACUUCUUAUUCCGCUUUGUCUGCUUCUUAUUCCACUUUGUCUUCUGCUUCUUAUUCCACUUCUUCUGCUUCUUAUUCCACUUUGUCUGCUUCCUAUUCCACUUUGUCUUCUGCUUCUUAUUCCACUUUGUCUGCUUCUUAUUCCACUUUGUCUUCUGCUUCUUAUUCCACUUCUUCUGCUUCUUAUUCCGCUUUGUCUGCUUCUUAUUCCGCUUUGUGUUCUGCUUCUUCUGCUUCGUCGUCUUCCGCUUCUCGAAAAAAACCAAAACAUUUGAACAGUUUGCAAAUGAACAAAGAACCCUAACCCGAGACACGAAACACGACAAACGUCUCCAGGGACUGCUAAUGGAUGGUCGCUAAUGCUAUCAUGCGCAGUGCGUGCGCAGGCUCCAUUUGUGCUUUUUCCAAAUCAAAGUUCUCCAUGAUGAGCCCUCAAUCCAAGCAGGACAAAGAUGAGGAGAUGAAAAAUGAUUUUUUUUUUCUUUCAAUAUGAAAAUUGACCAAUUGGACAUGUAUUUUUAUUUUAUUUUAUAUAUAUAUACACACACACACACACACAUUUAUGUUGGUCACACUACAAUUUCCCAUCAUCAAACAAAUUUCAAUAUUUCUGUUUUUAAUUGAAGGUUUGUAUUAUUAAAAAUCCAAAUGCUACACGGCCCUGUGUGAAAAAGUGUUUAUUAAAGUGAAUGUUAUUUUUAGUACAGUAUUGGCCAAAGAUGCGCAAUGUUUUUUUGUGUUUUUUUUUUAAUCAUCAUUUCUACACUACUAUGAAAAGUAAUGCAUUAGACUGUAUUGGGAAAAUGUUUUGUUUUCAGGAUGAUUUGUAGAAAUAGACUAUUUUCAUUUGUUUUAUUUAUUUAGAUUUUUUCUACAGGUAUUGUGCUAUUCAAUUAUUUUGUGUUUGUUUUUAUACUAUAUUAUAAUAUUGACAAUCAUAAUUUUGUAUAUAACAAUUCCAAAAAAAUAUUUUUUUAAGCCUUAAGUAGUUUAUCACAGACAGAAUAAUGUUGCAUAGCAAUUGAUUUUUAUUUUUUUUUUAUCAGAAAUCCUAAUUAAUCAAAAAUUAGGAUAGUGUUUCAGCAAUGUUUAAUAUGCAAAUGUUGCGUUGGAUGGGAAGUGUUCAGGUGUUCCUAAUGUUGUGGCCACUGACUAUCUGCUACGCCAUCAUUUGUCAGACAUUUGAUGUUUGUUUGGGCCAUCAUAUUUCGCAUAACUUUACGAAAUACUACUACUACUAAUAAUAAUAAUAAACGAUUAGGUUUCGUGCGCCAAGUCUUUUUGUUGUACUAGUCUGCCCUCUGUUGGUCACGCUUAACACUGCAACUUUCUUCCAAACAGGAAUGGACAAUUGGACAAUUUGAAGCUGCAUUUAUUACACAAAUUUAGCGCAUCAAAGAAACAGUAUACAAAGCACGUACAAGUAUUUAUUUAUAUAUUCAAAAUGUUUGUUUGUUUUUCCUUUCGGAGCAUGUAAAACAUUAAAAAGCACCCAUAUUUAUUUGCCUGGUUCUUUCAAGUCAAGACAUCCCAGAAUUAAAAUUCAUGCAAGGAGGUAACAGUGAUCAAGUCAGAAAUAUUGGCAUUAAAUGUAUUGACCCAUUUCAUAUGUGUAAUAUUAAUAAUAACAACAACAGUGUGCGUCAAAUCUACAAAUAAUUAGCAAUUAAGACAAAGUAGAUUUUUCUUUGUUUUGGUUGUAAAGUGUGAUGUAAAAUGCUCAUUUUUAACUAGGCGCUGACCCAUCUGGAUUUCGUCAGGCCGACGCCGAUAUUUGGCAGAAUAAAAUUCUGAUCACCGAUUAUUCGACCGAUCGAUUUCGAAAAUAUAGGAAGAAUCAAAAUGCGUACAACAAUAAAGAUAUGAAUUACAAGCAAAACAUUUGCCAAAAUUUUCCAAUGCCCAAAAAAUUCGCUCAACAACUGCAAAAAAACUUGAAAGGCAAAAUAUGAAGUCUGAGGAAAAUAACAGCAUUUUUGGGGUUUUGAGUUAAGAGUGUGGUCCCACACUGAAUUAGGGUCAUAGGUCAAGGCACUGCUGCAGUUUACUUUCUGUUGGUUCAAUGUUAAAAGUCUUAAAGAUUGAAAGUUCGGACCAAAAUGCCAAAGUAACGUUGGACUAAACACCAAAAUAUUUUACAUAAUAAAAAAAAAAAACACUUCUUUCAGCUGCACAUUAUUUUCUUUUAACAAUUGACUAAAAAUACAUGUAUGAAAAAUUUUUUUUUUUAAUCAGGCUGGCUAAACAUCUUAAAAAUACCAAAUAAGAUUUAAGCUAAAAUUUGACCCCAAAAUGGUAUUUUUUGUCAUAUUUUCGAGCAAACAAAAAAAAAAAACUAUGACUACUUCACAAAUUAUUUUGAGUAAUUUUUGUUAUACAGUGGAAAAAGACAAAAAUGCAAAUAUUUGAUUUCCUAACAAGAAGAAAAAAAAAAAAAACCUUAGUUUGCGCCAAAAUCCCCAAAGCAGAAAUUUUACAACAUUUUCGGAUUUUUGUGCUCAUUUUUCAAUAUGUUAAAUUCAAAAUUUCAUAUUCCACGGGUCUAAACGAAUUGCACAUUUGAACAUAAACUCAAGACGGUCGUUUCUCACUGACGUAAACAUUCGACAUUUGAUAAAACAAUAAAUAGGAAAACGUGUUAGUGGCAAAAGCAGACACCCAAAAGCGGCUCAGUGGCGCCCCCUGGAAAGUUACAAAAUGAGCCCGACAGCAGUUUCACAAAUGGACGCACAAAUCAAAAACGUCUCACGGACGCCUACCCCGAACGGGACUGGAAGCCGGCCAUUUUGGACAAAUUCUGAUUAGGAAAUUGGGCCAAUCAGAAGCAGUAAUACUAAAUGGACACGAUUCGACAUUUUGUGCGAAUUCCACGGCAUGAUGUCAUCGUAGGAAGUUCCACUGGAUAAUAAUAAUUAUUAUUAUAAGAUACAAUCAAAACCUUCUGCUCUUGACGA